AUGUCUUCCCAUAACGAGACCAACUUGACAAAUAACAAACAGAGACGAGAAGAAACCCACGCGGGUGCUGAUGAUUUCGAACUCUCUGAUGAAGAGAAUUCUCUUUUGAGACUUUCACAACAAGCACAACAUAGGAAACUAAGUCAACUGCAACCUCUCAACGAUGAGCCACUUGAUUCACUGGAACCAAUUGUCACCUCCAACAAUAGUGGGGAUUUUGUUCAAAAUGACGAUUUUCACGAUGAUGCAGUCAUAGAAGAGGAGGACGAGGAGGACGGGGAGGAGGAUGGAGACGAAGAAGAAGACAACGACGAGGAUAGUGAUUCCCACAAUGAUGGCAGCAGCAACAACAACAACAACAACAACAUCCUUGAUGAUGAAGACGAAUUGGAAAUGCUCGAAACUGCUGAUUUUUUACGUCAAUUGAUGCAGGCCAGAAGGAUAUCGGAAAUCAACUCUGGACCGGAAGGGGACAACCGUGGCAACGAAAAUGCAUCUGAUACCCGCAACGAACAUAGCCCAGAAGGAGAGGUGGAUGACACCCGUGCUGAGUUCCUCCGUGCGAUUGGUGUAUUAUCUGGUGCAAGGAGAGAAGACUCUUCCAAUGAAGCUGGUGUCGAUGAAACCAGAACCGGAACCAGAGCCGGAACCGUAACUGGGACCGGAGCUGGAGCUGGAGUCGGCUCUCGUAGUCCAGGUGCCGAAACCGGGAAUAAUCCUAUGGGAUUUGUUGAUGUGAUGCAAAGACUAAUGGGUGGUGGCAUGAUGUUUGGUGGUGGUAUUGGUGGGGCACAAGAAAGCGAAAAUAUUGGAGCCCUAGUCGAUAACUUAGAGCAAAGAGAUGACACUUUUAUUAUUCUCGAAUCGUUGAAUCAGAUCUCUGAAAACUUACUUAUGAUGAAUGGCUUGACUGCAGAGAGGUUGAUUCCGUCAAAUAGGUUGGCCAGAAACCUAGUCAAUAUUAUGGAAGAUGCAUCACUAGAAGAGGAAUUGGAACUACAUCUUGUCGCAUGUCGUUGUUUGUACAAUUUCUUGGAAGUAAAUCAGGAUUUCAUUCACGAUGCGUUGAACAACGAUGCUGUUCCUGCAUUAUGUAACAAGCUUUUGGAAAUAAAGUAUAUUGAUCUCACAGAACAAGCGUUGCAAACACUUGAAAUGAUAUCAAGAGACCCUAUUUCGCAUAAUAGCAUUAUAGCAAACAAUGGAUUAAGUGCUUGCCUACAAUACCUUGAUUUCUUGACAGUUCAUGCUCAAAGAAAGUGUCUCAGCAUCGUGUCAAAUUCGUGCACGAAUAUCUCGAUGUCCAACUACGACAAAAUCAAAGAAGCAUUUCAUAGCAUUACCGAAGUAGUAAGGGCUCAUGAUGAUCAAAAUGUGGUUGAAAACGCCUGGAUCACCAUAGCGAGAAUCAUUGAGUGUUUCAAAAAUAAACCUGAAUACUUGAAUGAGCUAUUUUUGGGGAAAGAAUUGUUUUUCAAAGAGUUUGUCAAUGUGAUACUUGUCAGUUGUAAUAAAUCACUGAAUACCAGUGCGGAGUCCAAGCAGGUUGCGUUAUCUUAUAGCUCUUGCUUGAGCUUGCUCAAGUCACUUAUUAUUUUGAGCAGCGUCAGCAUUGAAGUCUCGAAAAUACUAUUGAGCGAUUGUGACAUUGGAUCCAUGAUUGUUACGGCAUUAAACAAAUUUUCCAGAUCAAGGACGAACAAGCCCAGCGUAGCCGUUCAAGGUGACGAUGACGCUGCAGCAAUUUCAAUCGAAGCAUUAUUAGCAGCACCUAAGGAGUUGGUGUCGCAAUUUUUAACAUUAACUGGAUAUUUGUUGCCCAUCAACUACCCACCAUCAAAAGCGCUUUAUUUGAAGCCAGAUUACGAAGAUUACGAAGAAAAGGAAAGCAUCAACCACAAAAGACUUGAACUAUGCACUGAGAUCAUUCCUGGUGACUACUGGAAAUUUGUAAACAAAGUUUGGAUACUACUGAUCUAUAGCAUACAGGCAACAACAGAUGUCGACAUUAGACGAAGAGGGUUCAUCAACUUGUAUAGGAUUGUCACCUCGAUGGACGAGGCCCAAUUAGGGCAGAUUGAACAUCAUGAGCUUGUUUCUGGAUUGUUGGCUUCUGUUAUCAGUCAGUAUCAACCACAGGUUUUGAAAGAGCUUCAAAAGGUGGCAGACUCUAGAAAACAAGAAGAGGAUUUUGAUAUGCGGACUAGUGAUUUCGAGGAUUUUGAUGACGCUCGUGAACAGCUUUCGAGUGAAGGACGGCAUUACGAGGAAAGUGAUGAGGAAAUGGAUGGUGUCGACGAGUAUGAAGAUCAUGAUGACGAUGACGAACAUGAGGAGAGAGAAGAAGAAGAAGAAGGAGAAGAAGAAGAAGAAGAAGUUGAUGAUGAUGAGGAUGAUGACGACGACGACGAUGACGACGAUGACGAUCAUUUCCCAAUCGCCAAUAAUCGACCUGAAGAGCUCAAGACCCUCAAUUCGACAUUAUUGUUGUUGUGUGCGUUGGAAGUGCUUAAUGUGCUAUUGAAUCGGGCUGCCAGCGUGUAUCUACAACCUUUUGAAAGGGAGGGUUUGAUGAAUGAUGUUCUGUCAAUACUGACAACCUCCUCGUUUUUGAAAAAGGGAUCAAAAUCAAAAUCUUCGCAGAAUCACUUCCUGUCUGCAUUUGCAAACAAAUUCGUAGAUGUGGAGUAUUCCAAAGAAUACGAAUUCAGAUACCCAAUCAAAGAUGUGUAUUUCAGGAUCAAGACUGCAGCUUCGGAGAUCAAGAAGCAAUACAACAAUGAAAAGUUGUCUCAAAGCAGCGAUCUUUCUGAGCAUAUGCAGGUGUUGCACCACGUCAAGGAUAUAUUGUCUGAUACUAAAUUGACAAAGUCAUUCACGUACGACCAGUGGUUGGCAGUAUGGAAUCAACUCAAAUUUGCGUUGCAAGGUGGAGCUGCAAAGGUUCAUAUUUCUAGCUUCGAGCUCAUUUCUUCCGGGAUUAUCACGCAAUUGACAACUGUAUUGACAUUGAAUGAUUCAGACCACGCUUUUGAAUCUUCGCCUUGUUGCAGGGCAUUUAUUCAUUCCUUUUUCGAUGGCGAGAGCACUAAUGCUAAGUUGUUUGUGCAUCAGUUGCUUGAAGCUUUGACUAGAUCAGAAUCGUUUGAAAUUGUUUCUGCUGGUAGCCAUAACCACAACUCAGCUUCUUCUCGUGACCAGCAACAAGCCACGUUGAUGGCAAAUCAAAUCAAAUUGAAAUUGAACCUGGAGGGAGACUUGGGUGAUCUCAAUUUGCCUCCUAAUUUUCAGAACAUGGUUGUGUCUGUACAUGCUAUUGCUACGUUCAAAUCGAUCCUUUCGUUUUUAAAGCAGAGAUUACUGUUUAUGGAACACUUGUCAAGCAUGAGUUCCAAUAGAGGAGGAGGCGGAACAACCAAUGCUGCAGAAGAAGGGAAAAAGUCGGAUUACAGUUUGGAGUUUUUAAUCAAUGGCGAAGUCAUCCCCUUGGAAACAACCAUCUACGGUGCUAUCUACCGAUCAGCUCAAACUAAGCCUGAUGAGAUUGUUGAUCCUAAAAAGAUUUGGACUGGAGUUCAUCAAAUAACCUUUAGAAAAGUGAGUAAUGAGGUUAGCAAUGAGGAUGUGUUUAAAAACUACAAUGGUAAUGCUGACGAUGCUGAGUUGACAAGUUAUGACGAAACAACCAUUGGUAUUUUGCAGCUUUUGAAAGUCUUGUUCAAGAUGAAUACCUUUGUUCAUCAUGGUGGAAGGUCUAGUGUUCCAGUUAAAGACUUUAUCAAUUGGAAGUUGACGGCAAAGUUGAAUCGCCAGUUGGAGGAGCCGUUGGUUGUGGCGAGUGGUACGUUACCUGGAUGGAGUAUACAUUUGACAAAGCAAUUCCCAUUCAUUUUCCCUUUGGCGACAAGAAUAUUUUUUUUCCAAUCUACGUCCUUUGGCUAUUCUAGAUUGAUCCAUCAAUGGCAAUUGAGAACUAACCAAAACUAUGAGGAUAAUAGAGGCAACGAUGCUUCUAAUAACAACUCUGCUUAUAAUCAGAGACCACAGUUGGGAAGGCCAAAUAGACACAAGGUGAGAAUAUCAAGAAAUAUGAUGUUGCAAAGUGCAUUGAAGGUGUUGAAUAUGUAUGGAUCAACCCCCGGUAUUUUGGAGAUUGAGUAUUUUGAUGAGGUUGGGUCGGGGUUAGGACCAACAUUGGAGUUUUAUUCAACGGUAUCGAAAGAAUUCUCCAAGCGGAAAUUGAAGUUAUGGAGAGAUGACAAUAGGUACGAUGGUGAAGGUGAAGGGUAUGUUACAAAUCAAUAUGGAUUGUUCCCAUCGCCUAUGGAUAAGCAACAAGUCAAUAAUGAAAAUGGGAAAAAGAUUUUAUACUUUUUUUCGUCAUUGGGAAAGUUUAUUGCAAGGGCCUUGUUGGACUCAAGAAUCAUUGAUUUUAAUUUCAAUCCGGUAUUUCUCAAGUUGGUGCAAUUUUUGAAUCAAAAGCAUACAUCCUCCCAAUCGUCGCAGCCAAUGAAUCAAAAAUUGAUGAAGAAGAUUGUCUCUUUACAAAACUUGAAAAUGGUUGAUCCUGAUUUGGCAAAGUCAUUACUGCACUUGCAAAAAUAUGUCAAUGCAUUUGAUGCCGUUGCUCCUGAACAAAGAAACUUUGUUGAAGUAGAUGGGGCAACAAUUGGCGAUUUGGGUAUAUAUUUUGAAAUGCCCGGUUAUCCCAAGUACGAAUUGAUACCCAAUGGAAGUGAAACCUUGGUCCAGGCUGAUAAUUUGGAGUUGUACAUUUCGAAAGUUCUUGAAAAUACAUUGUACACCGGUGUCAUUCAUCAAACCAAGGCAUUUAUGGAUGGAUUCUCCAAAGUGUUCCCCAUUACUUCAUUGGUGAUUUUCUCGCCACCAGAAUUGGUUGAGCUAUUUGGCAAUUGUGAAGAAGAUUGGUCAUAUGAUGCAUUGUCGUCGGCAAUUGUGGCAAAUCACGGAUACAGCAAGGACUCGCCCGAGAUUAAAGAUUUGAUCAAUAUCUUGAUUGAUUUCAAUUUAGAGGAGAAGAGGCAGUUCUUACAGUUCCUUACCGGGUCCCCGAAGCUACCCAUUGGCGGGUUCAAGGCAUUGCGUCCGGAGUUGACUGUAGUUCGAAAGCGAGCAGAGGAUGGAUUGAAGGAUGAUGAUUAUUUGCCUAGUGUAAUGACGUGUGCUAAUUAUUUGAAGAUUCCCAAGUAUUCGAGUAAGCUGGUGAUGAGAGAGAAGUUAUUGCAAGCGGUCAAUGAGGGAGCUGGUGCAUUCCUUUUGUCAUAG